CCAGUCGAUUUCUUUCCGUCCGUUUCUUUUUCUUUAGCUAUUCUGAUGAUACCUUUAUGUAAUUCAUAGUUCAUUAUACAGCCAAAAACCAAUAAAUUAACGUCAAACUAACCCGGAUUACAUGGAAGACAAACCCCAUUGAACACUACAACACCCGAAUUUCGUAGUUCGCGCUUGUUCGGUGCUAAUCAGGUGAUGUUUUGGUUAUAAAACCUGUAUGGGUUACUUACUCUGGACAUUUGUUGUAAGUAUUAUGUUGCUCCUAAACUGGAAUAAGAUUUGCUUCUUCAUACUUAUUUCCACGGUUUACACCCAGUCAGGAAAGCACCCGAUAGUAAUAAUCCCGGGAGAUGGAGGGUGUCAGGCAUACAGCAAGUUAAAAAACUCAACGUCGGAUCCUUUUUUGGUAUGGAUAGAUUUACGUUACUUUCUCGAGCCUGGAAAACUAAAUGAAUAUUUUGGUUUGGUGUAUGACCCAGUCACUCGAAAAUCUAGGGAUCCUGAUAAAGCAGAUGUAUCGUUUCCAGGUUGGGGUGAUACGUGGUCUAUAGAAAAUUUGGACAGUACUAAACAUACCAAAACUGAGUAUUGCAGUCCAAUGAUUGAUUCAUUGCGUGUGGACCCCUUCUUCGUAUCCAAUCGGACUAUUCGCGGUGCACCCUUUGAUUUCCGUAGAGCUCCAAAUGAAAACAAGGACUUCAAUCGUAAACUUAUGCUCCUGAUUGAGGAAACUUAUCAAAAUGGUGGAAACCAGUCUGUCGUUUUGCUUGGCCACAGUUUGGGAGCUAAAUAUGCUAUGUACUUCCUAAAGUCCAUGAAAAAGAGUUGGAAGAAUACAUACAUCAAGACCUUUGUCGCACUCAGUGCACCCCUUGGGGGAGCAGUUAAAGCCCUAAAAAUCGAGGCAAGCGGUGAUAACUUUGGGGUGUUUUUACGCAGUCCACUAAGUUAUCGUCCUGUUCAACGCACUCUACCUUCUGUUGCCUUCCUCCUCCCGGAUUCUCGUUUAUGGUCCCCAACGGAACCCCUUAUUAUAACACCAACAACAAACUAUACUGCUCAUGACUACGAACGUUUCUUCCAUGAUGUCAAUUAUUCAAUCGGUUUUCAAAUGAUGUUGGAUAGUAAAUCUACAAUUGAUACAUUUGAAAAACCAAGCGAUAUUGAUGAAAUCUAUUGUAUUCAUGGAGCAAACUUAAGUACUACUGACAAAAUGGUUUAUUCACCGCCUAGUUUCUUUCAUAGUGCGUUUCCAGAUCAAGUGCCAAGAUUGAUUACUGGGAACGGUGAUGGAACUGUUAGUCUACGAAGUUUGGAAGUUUGUAAACGUUGGCCUGGUAUAAAAUAUUUUAUGUUGCCUGGGGCAGAACAUGUAAAUAUUAUGGGGGAUCCACGGUUUAUUGAUAUUAUUCGUCAAAUUGUUGGUGCUAAUAAAACAAAGACAUAAAACUAUUAAACUGUUGUUAAUUAUUCUCUCUACUUUGUUGUUUAUUUCUUUCUUACUGUAAUCAGAUUCUCAUUGCAUAAAGUUCUCAUCUAACAAUACGGAUUAUUGUUGUAAUAUACAGUGCUGAUCAAGCUAAACUCUGAAGUGCUGUACACUCAAUAAUAAGCGUAUCAAAUAUCAUGAGAAUGAACUCAAGCUUAAAUAGUAUUUUUGUUUUAAUCUGGACAAAACUAGAAUAACAGAAGUCAUAUUUUCUACAUUGUUUUUACGUAAUCAAUUUAUUUCUAUUAUGUAUUUCAUUAAAAAGUCCUUGUUGUAAUUGGUAUUAAAAAACCAUAUUUAUGUUGGAAGGCGGCUGAAAAGAUUUUUUGUUUGAAAAUAGGUUUAUUUGUGGGUUGACAUCAACUGGAGAACCAGAGACCAUCUGACUCUACCUGUUUAUGUUCUCUCGAUAUUACGCACUCAUAAUCUCACCUUUGGGCCUUAUGGCAAAGAUGAUACCUUUAGACAACUGAGUCACAAACUAGGAAAAAACAGCUUCUCAGUGUUUUCUGUUUUUUAAUGACUUUUCAGUUGAUGUCAGCCUGUGAUAUAACUAACCUGAACUAUUGUAUUUUGUUUAUUUUUUUUGUAAGAAUAAAAUAUAUAUUUUAGUAGACCACUAUGUUGAAUUAAAUAAAUGUUUACGAACUGAUA